CCUCAGGUGGCUUAAGACAUCUUAAUCGAUUACGUAAAUCAAUUAAAAUAUCUUCUACAUAGUCCUAUGAAGCUCAAUUUUUUGAAGGAUAUGUAGAAAUUUACAAAAACAGUAAUAUUAAAAUUUAGUUAAGCAAUACCACGACCGGUUUCGACCUUGCUCAAGGGUCUCCUCAGGUGGCUUAAGACAUCUUAAUCGAUUACGUAAAUCAAUUAAAAUAUCUUCUACAUAGUCCUAUGAAGCUCAAUUUUUUGAAGGAUAUGUAGAAAUUUACAAAGAAACAGUCAAAAUUAGAUGAGCAUACCACGACCGGUUUCGGCCUUGCUCAAGCGUCUCCUCCAGUUAUUAUUAAGAUUUAAUUUAAAGAUUGAAAGCAGCAUAUGACUAGUUUCAUCCUUGCUUUAGGGACUCUACGGGCAUGUUUAGAACCUAUAAGUACAUAUGUCUAACACUCUCCAAAAUUAUGAAGGGUGUGGUAAGCCGCCAUGACACGUGUUUCGACCUUGCUUAAGAGUCUUAUCAGACGGCUUAAUUAGAUUAGAAUUCUGCUCUAAUGUUCCCCUGAUCAUAAACAAGACAUUGAAUUCUAAUUAACCUAUUCAAUAUCCCGAAGGAAACGUUAGGUAACUUUAUUGUAGUGGUGAGUUAGAAAGCGCACCGUUAUCGCGAUUUCGACCUUGCUUAAGGGCCUCAUCAGACGGCUUUUAAUUGCAUAUAGGUAAUCUAUUCUAAUGAUCCGAUGAUCACAAAUAAGACAUCCCCACUAUACAAUUGAUCUAUACAAUUUUCGAAGGAGGAAACAAUACAUAUAUUGUAUAUAAGGGGUGACUUGAAAAGCACACCGUUAUCACGAUUUUAAUCCUGCUUAAGGGUCUAAUCAGAUGGCAUAGCUCUAUUAUACUUCUUGAAGGUUUGCGAAAAUCAUAAACAAACUAUAAUAAUCUAUAAAGAAUCUAACAAAGAAGUUAGAAGUGUGCCAUUUUCCACCUUGGUUAUUGUUCGCUCUUACGCGUCUUCACUGAAAUGGGUUUGUUUUUGCUAUUAUGCUUUUAAUUGUUUUUUUCGCUGAAAAAGUUGUUCUCUCAUAUGUUUGUCGCUCAACGUGCAUUUUGUCAUUUAUGUUUGUUUUCAAUAUCGCCGCCGGCAAAUAGAAUGAAGUAGGUAGAACACGGUGAGCAACCUCAACUAUAUAAAUGCACACGAAAAAAAAAUUAUUUUUAUAAGACGGCGAAUUCAAGCCGACAUUGUUUAACAUAGAACAAAAAGCAAGAAAGAAAGCAACAGUAUCAACUAACUUCUAGAGAAAAUUCAGUCUAUCAAAAUUAAAAGAAGCCAGAAUGAGUUCACAACCAGUUGGAGUACUCAAAGAUUGUAUUGCAUGUGAUGGUUCUGGUAAAUCACUGUGUUUCAGUUGA